AUGUCUUUGGAUGGUCUGCUACAAUUCCACCGGUCCAUCCUGGACGCGAUUAUCGACCCGAAGACCAGCGACUUCCUCCUGCUCGCUCGCGGCCUUGGUCUACGCAAGAUUGUAUGCACUCUGAUGCAGAUAUACGAAUCUCCGAAAAGCCUGGUUCUACUUGUUGGAGCAUCACCAGAAGAAGAAGAUGCAAUAGGGGAGGAACUGAGUAUCAUGGGUUGUAGGAAACCCGGUCUUCGCAAGGUUGACUACGAGAUGUCGAAGAAGGACAGGACAGAACUCUAUAAAAAUGGCGGACUGAUAUCUGUUACUUCUCGUAUUCUGAUCGUUGACAUGUUGCAAUCGGACAUGCCCACCGAGCUCAUUACCGGUAUACUAGUCCUUCAUGGUGAAAGGGUGACAGAAACCUCAAUGGAAGCCUUUGUCGUUCGACUUUACCGCGAGAAAAACACGAAUGGUUUUCUGAAGGCGUUCUCUGACCAGCCUGAGUACAUAACUUCCGGCAUCUCGCCCCUGAAGAAAGUUCUCAAAGAGCUGCAAGUUCGGAAUGUGCACAUAUAUCCCCGUUUCCAUGAAGAGGUCAAAGACUCCUUGGAGCGAAAGCGCGCCGACGUUGUCGAGCUAUACCAACCUAUGACUGAAUCUAUGAGAGAUAUACACGCCGCGAUCGUGGAUUGUAUGGUUGCGACCCUCUCGGAGCUCAAACGAGCAAAUACACAGCUAGACCUGGACGAUCUAAACGUCGAAAACGCCUAUUUCCGGUCUUUCGAUGCAAUUGUGCGCCGCCAACUGGAUCCGGUAUGGCACAAAGUGGGACCUAGGACUAAGCAGUUGGUCGGAGACUUGGGAACGCUUCGACGUUUGUUGAUUUACUUGCUUUCUUACGACGCGCUCUCAUUCCAUGAGUACCUCGAGACCAUCGUACUAUCGAAUACAGUCAAUGAAGCCGGUCGCACCAAACAACAUCAGUCCCCUUGGCUUCUGACAGAUGCUUCGCACAUCAUCUUCACAACCGCCAAGCGGCGCUGCUAUGAGAUGAUGGCCAGACCAGUGCGGUCAGAGACCGUCAAUCAAGCGGACGACGAAGACGCGUGGGAUGCCUUAGACGAAGUAUCCGGCUCAACCCAGCCCAACGCUAAGUCCGCCCCCGCAACCCAGAAGUCCGAUCGACCAAGACCAACAUGGAUGCCGGACAAUAUCGAGCCUGUUCUCGAGGAGUUGCCGAAAUGGUGUCUUCUCGCAGAGACCCUGAAAGACAUAGAGGAUGAGAUUAUGCGCGAAGAGUCCAUGAGCCGAUCUGGCAAAGGGAACAACGUUGUACUCGUCAUGACAUCUUCUCUUCGUACAGCUACGCUUCUCAACGAGUUCUUGUCCAAGAUGGACCCGGAAGCGCAGCCUGGUCAACAGGGUCGAAAGAUGAUGCAGGAUAAGCUCGGCCUAUACCUAUGGUGGAAAACACGGCUGUCCAAAGGCCCUCAAACAGGUCAAACAGGGAAAACGUCCUUGUUUAUCCCUGAUACGCUUCGCACCGCCAAGACAACCGUGCAGAAUGAGGACGAUGGUCUGAAUGAGGCGCUCAAGAAGAAGGACCGUGAUCGGCGCGACAAGGCUGCGAGUAGACGGCGCGUGCGCGGCGGCGGCCCGUCCCAGGCGGAUACUGGUAGAGUCAAAGGCAAAGCGGUAGAUGGCGGCAUGUCUCUUGGGGAGGAAGCCAUGCGCGACGAGGCGGACAGCAUCGCGCAAUACUUUGCGAAGCAGGACGGCGCCUCCUUAUCAGCCUCAUUAGGGCUAGAUGCCUCAGCUAACGAUGAGGAGCUAGCAAUCGCCCUAUCUAUGUCGUCCGUCGACGACGAGUCCGCCUUCCUCAAUGACCUCGACCAAUUCUACGGUCUUGUGCCACCCCAGAUGACCGUGCUUAUCCGCGCGUACUCUGAUGAUAGCGACGACAGACUACUUUCUGAGCUUCAGCCUCGCUUCGUCAUUAUGUACGAACCCAGCCACGAAUUUAUUCGACGUAUCGAGGUCUACAAGAGUUCGCAUCCAGGAUUUGGUGUCCGCGUUUACUUCAUGCUCUACCAGUCGAGCUGUGAAGAGCACAAAUAUCUGGCUGGACUUCGCAAGGAGAAGGACUCGUUCGAGAGUUUGAUCAGAGAACGAGGGUCUAUGCUCAUACCUAUCUACGAAGAUCGGAUAGCAUCAGGUGGUGGAUCGGGAGACGCCCUAAUCAAGACAAUCAGCACUCGUGUCGCUGGCGGUAGAAAGGAGGUGUCGACAGAACCAUCUCGCGUCAUCGUUGACAUGCGAGAGUUCAGGUCCACCCUGCCCUCAUUAUUGCAUGCGUCGAAGUUGCUUGUCAUUCCGGCGACGCUGACUGUCGGCGACUACAUCUUGACGCCGGAUAUCGCAGUGGAGCGCAAGAGCAUACCCGACCUGAUACAGAGCUUCAAUAGCGGGCGACUAUAUUCGCAAUGCGAGCUGAUGUCCGUACACUACAAGCAGCCCAUCCUCCUCGUAGAGUUUGAGGAACACAAGUCGUUCUCUCUCGAAAUCGUACAGGAUAUGAAAUCCUACGCCAAACCCACAGGGAAGUACCCUGCAAAGAAGCCCGGUGCGCCUGGAGAAGGCAGCGAGUCGUCAGGGCCGCCGACAAUUCAACAGAAGCUCGUCCUAUUGACAUUAUCAUUCCCGCGCGUCCGUAUCAUCUGGUCCUCCUCUCCCUACGCCACCGCGGGCAUCUUCAACGACUUGAAAUCGAAUCAAUUCGAGCCCGACUAUAAGGCUGCCGUAGCCAUCGGUGCAGAGGAGGAUCCUGAUGCGGGCGCGGGUGUGAACAGCGCCGCAGAAGAGGUCCUGCGCACGAUUCCUGGAAUCACCGCGAAGAACGCCAAACAUGUCAUGAGCCGUGUGCCUAGUAUUCGCGCGUUGUGCGAACUCUCUUUGAGGGAGGUGCAGGACAUCCUUGGAAGUGAGCCUGGCAAGUUAUGCUGGGAGUUUUUGCACUGGGGUGAACGGCCGAAGAAAUGA